AUGGACGACGUCUCCAAUUCCAACACCGUUAAUGGCGCUGUUUACUGUGUCUUACUGAUCGUCCGAUGGUUGCCUGUUGGCUUCAUUCAAGCGCUAUUAAUUUGGUCUUACUACGCAUACUUAUUUAUCAUAUGUUUUGGAGGUAAGUUGUACAUUGAUUCUUUUAUUUUUGCAGUCCUAUACAAUAUUUUAUUUUUCCUCUUGCAAUGGUCAUAUCUCAAAUGUAUCUUAACUGAACAUCAAAACGUUCCGGAAUCGGUAAUUCUAACUGAUUUGAGCCUAUUUUGCUCUAAGUUUCAGCUUAGUAAUUCGAAAGAGGAACAGCAGCGAGUUACGGAAGAACUAUCAACGAAAUUACCAGUUCACUGUCGUGACAGAGAAAAAUUGGUAAGAUGGUGUCCCAUGUGUAACAUUGUUAAACCAGAUCGCUGCCAUCAUUGCUCAAUAUGCAACAAGUGUAUUAUGAAGAUGGAUCAUCAUUGCCCAUGGGUAAACAAUUGUGUGGGAUUCGCAAACUAUAAGUAUUUCCUGGUAUUUCUUUUCCAUGCGUGUUUACUGACGUUCUACCUUGCAUUUAGUGUUUUGCCCUAUUUUAUUAUUGCUUGGAAUGUACGUACUGCCACCUACCUAAUAAUCGACUGA